AUGUCCUCCUCUCCAAUCCUCGGCCCUUCGCGCGCCGACUGUCAAUCCCCUUACGAUGAAGAGCACAUGGAUUGGGCCUCUUCAGUGCCCAAAAAGUACCAUCGAUUGCCAAGAUUUCGUCGCUCCAAUGUGAUUUUGGUUCUUAUCGAUAUCUUCAUCGUUUCUGUCCUCGUCAACGCCUUUUGGCCGCUCAUCACUUUGCUCCGCCGCAACGAGGAGCUUUUCGGCGCACGACUUACCUUUUCGCUCAACGAUACUUCUUUCCCACCUACUUUACCUGAUCAACAGACGAUACCGAGAAUCUUCCACCAGACGAGUGCGAACGAGACGAUCCCUGAAGCAUGGACCGACUUGGUGCAGAGCUGCAAAACUACUUACUCCGACUAUGAGUACAUGCACUGGACCGAUGACAAAGCCCGCGACUUCAUCUCCGAAGAGUACCCUUGGUUCAUCGACACCUGGGAUAACUUCCCAUUCAACAUCCAGCGCGCCGAUGCCAUCCGCUACUUCGUUCUUCACCACUACGGUGGUAUGUAUCUCGACAUGGACACACUUUGCAACGCUUCCAUUCCUCUCGAGCAGAUCGAAGCCACCGGCGGCAAGCACCACGCUGUCUUCAAGUCUACAACUCCUACUGGCGUCUCCAACGACAUGAUGAUCACAUCAGCUCGUCACCCCGCCUUCACAAAGGCGCUCUCGCGCAUCCAACUCUACAAUGACAUCACAAAACCCUGGAGGCACAUCGUCCCUCACGUCGCAGUCAUGGUCUCGGCAGGACCACUCUUCCUCACCAUGGCCCUCAAGAACUACCUCCUCGAGCAGCCUUCUCUGCCCGAACAGACUGUGCAGGUCAUUAAUGCGACAUCCCUGGAACCGUACCUUACAGACUACGAGGGUGCGUCGUGGCACCACGGUGAUACCAAGGCUCUGAUGUGGGUUGGCGAUCGACCCUGGGUUUGGUACGCCCUUGGCGCCGUUGGACUCUGCGCAGGACUGUACGUGCUCAACAUGCUUAUGAUGAAGUGCUGGACGAGAUUCUUUGAGAAGACACCUUCGAACGAUGAGUACAAGGAGAGCAUCAAGCUCACGUAG